AUGUUUCCGGAUGUCCCCGUGCAGGUGGAGAAAGUGCUGGUGAACGAUACCGCGCAGAUCAAGUGUGACGUAUCGUCCAGCCUGCCAGGCGAUCGGGUACUGCUCGUAGUGUGGUACAAAGAUAACGUACCCAUUUAUAGCUAUGACACCCGGGUGAAACACAAUGAACCACCGUCACACUGGAGAGAUGGUACCAUCCUUGAAAAUCGUGCCAAAUUCAAACUUCAGGAACGGGACAAGAGCCGGGCAGAACUGGUCAUCAAUCCAGUUCUGAAAAAGGAUGCCGGAGUGUUCCGCUGCCGGGUGGAUUUUCUGCUCUCGCCUACGAAGAAUAGCAACGUUAACCUAGAAAUAGUGGGUAAGUACCGGAUCGUUCCGUUUGACGACUGCAACGACGACGACGAGGACGACGCGUUGCUGUUGUUUAGGGAUGCCCUUUGUUCGGGUUGA